CAUCCAAUGAGAAUUACAGUCAUCUUCUUAAUCUCACUUCACCUACCCCUUUUCGUCACUUCAUCUCGAUCAAUCCGCCCACCCGACCCGCAAUGCACCCGACCCGACCCCAACACCCUCCGCUCCGACCAGAUGACCGUCAUCAUCAACGGCUUCUCGGAGCACCGGAUCCCGCUGCUCCGCUCCAUCACCGCCGCCUACGCCGCCUCGCCCUCAGUCGCCCCCGCGCGCCCUCCGCCAGCCUCAAUCACCGAUUCCACCCCUGGGCGAUAAUCAGAACCCGAGCCGUCCUCAUCUGCGACGACGACAUCGAGCCCGACCCGAAUUCCGUCUCCUUCGCCUUCAAGGUGUGGGGAUCCGAUCCGGAUCGGGCGGUCGGGUUCUUCGCCCGCUCGCACGCGUACGACGUCGCGUCGAGGGCGUGGAUCUACGCGAUGGAGACGGAGAAGUACUCGAUCGUCCUCACCAAGUUCAUGAUCGUGAGCGUCGCCUACCUCGAGAUCUACUCGUGCGACGCGCGGUACGCGGCGGCGAGGGAGAUCGUGGAUGAGAUGAACAAUUGCGAGGAUAUCUUGAUGAAUUUCGUGGUGGCGGAGGAGAGCCGGAAGGGGCCGGUGAUGGUGGGGGCGAGGGGCGGCGGAGUUAGGGAUCACGGCGACGCGAGGAACGACGGCGCGGGGGCGGGGGUGAGGGAGGUGGGGCUGAGCAGUAGGAGGGUGGAGCACAGGAAGAGGAGAGGAGAGUGCAUAACAAGGUUUCAUAGGGUUUUGGGGAGAAUGCCAUUGAAGUAUAGCUAUGGGAAAAUGGUGGAUGAUGUUGGGGAACAAGGCUUGUGUGACAAGAGUGGGAAGCUGGUGCUUUGUGAUCAUCAAGAUUUCAGGUGAAAGAUCUUCCAUUUUUAUGCUAUAUUUUAUGUAUGCAUAUUUUGUUUUUUGUUUGAGUGAUCCUUGAAAUCAAAGACAGUCCUUUUGAUGAAGAAUUUUUGUCCAAGAGUCGUAUAAUUAUACAUAUUGAAUGUAGAGUUGUGUUGCUUGAUUGCUUCAAUUUUCGACAUUUUUUUUCAUAUGAUUGAUAUGAAUGGGAACAAAAAACUUGCUGAAAGUAGUGUUUUGAAUGAUGUUUCUGUUAUGCAUGUGGCUCUUAUCUUGGAAGAUCUAAUCAAACUAUUGCAGUCAUCAUGAUAAUUGAAGAUUUUUGCUAUAAUUAGUUUUAUAAAGGUUGAAUACAUUUUAUAAUGCAGUAAAGCUAUGAUACUUGUAAAGUGUAGAGCUUUUAAUUGUAAUUUGUAAACUUUAGUUUAAUUUAGUAAAAUGUUGUGAUUUAUAAUGCAGUAAAGCUAAUCUUUAUUACAAUCCAUUCCAACAUAUUAGUUGAAGAAAUAAAAGUGGAUAUAGUUAAUUCCCUCCUUAGAUUUCUGUUAUAGAUGCACAUGUGUCUUGGCAAAAUGAUAGGCAACAAUAACCAUGGAAACUCUUCCAAUGAAGUCAAAUUAAUACCCGCUAAAGAUGGAGCUCCCCUUACACAUCUGAAUUGGAAAAAACAAGGAGGGAGAGAGAGAGAGUGAGGAUGUUCAUCUCUGAGAGAGAAGCAGAGGUUUCGAGCAAUACAGAAAUAUUUGAAGGAAGGAGGGGAAUUUGAUUCCUAAUCAUCAUAUUGAUAUCAAGCGAGGACAAGAUGUGGCCUCCACCCUCCAACUCUGCAGUUAAGAUGACUCCGAUGACACGGCUGGUUGCCGUGGCCAUCGACAAGGACAGAGGCAGCCGGAUUGCCCUCAAGUGGGCUUCUGACAAUCUUCUUGUAAGAGGCCAGACCGUUAUUUUGGUCCACGUCAGACUCAAACAAUCUGCCUCCGGAUCUCCGUUGUCCUCUCCUUGGCCUAACCAAGCGUCUGAUGGUGGAGACGACGUCAUCAGAGAUGAUCCGCAGAUGAAGGAGCUGUUCCUUCCUUUCCGUGUCUUCUGCACACGAAAAGAUAUACAACGCCACGAGGUAGUGCUGGACAAUGCAGACGUGACAAAAGCUCUCAUCGACUUUGUUAGGCAAAAUGCAAUUGAUAUGUUGGUUCUUGGUGCUACAAACAAAGGCAGCAUCUUCAGAUUUAAAGCCAAAGACGUUCCUGGAAGUAUACUAAAAAAUGCACCGGAUUUUUGCACUGUUUAUGUCAUUCACAAGGGGAAGAUCUCAUCCACGAGAGCUGCCACUCGUCCGCCUCCAUCCAGCCAACUCCGUAACCAGAUAUUGCUUCAAGCCAGCAUCAAAUACAAUAAUACAGUGGAGCAGAAUUCCUUGCAUUCAACUACCAGUUCUAGAAGUCACGGGGGAGCUCGAGCUGCAGAAUAUGUCAAACAAAACCUUUUCAGCAACCUGAUAAGGCAUCCAAAAUUUAUUACUGAUACUAAAUUAGCUAUAUCCGAUGCCUACAGUCAUACAGAUUCAGAAUUCCUGAAAUCUGAGAACAAUCAGAACAGGGAUGCUGGAUCUACUGCUUCCACAGCAAUCCUUGUUGGCGACCGCCUACUGGUGGCAAACGUUGGAGAUUCAAGAGCCGUCAUUUGCAGGGGUGGUCUUGCUUUUGCUGUCUCUCGAGAUCACAAACCAGACCAAACAGACGAGAGACAACGGAUUGAACAGGCUGGUGGCUUUGUGAUGAGGGCUGGAACUUGGAGAGUUGGAGGAGUGCUUGCAGUAUCUCGUGCAUUCGGUGAUAGACUACUGAAGCAGUAUGUGGUUGCUGACCCAGAUAUCCAGGAGGAAAAAGUUGACGACACCCUCGAGUUUCUCAUCCUUGCAAGUGAUAGGCUUUGGGAUGUGGUGACGAAUGAGGAAGCUGUUUCUAUGAUUAAACCGAUCCCAGAUCCCGAAGAUGCAGCAAAGAGGCUGAUGCAAGAAGCUAAUCAGAGAGGGAGUGGUGAUAACAUCACCAUUGUAGUUGUCCGGUUUCUGGCUGCCAAAGAGGAAUCGUCUCAUACCGCUCAACGAGAUUGAUUCCAUGAUUCGUUUUCGUGUGGGAACGAGACAGAGAAGAAAACAGCAAUAGGAAGCUUGUGCUGCAGCACUGAACUGUAAAAAAAGUAGAGACCAGUCUUUGCUAAUGAUGCACUGCUUAAGGAGACUCGUUACAAACUUACAAGAACUAAGAAUGUCAGUAACUUUUGAGUUAUUUAUAUUAUUACAUGAAAUCUGGGAUUAUUUACCAGUGAUUCUAGGCUGUAACUUAAGAUUUCCAACAUAUUGGACAUUAUAUGAAAUGUGUGUUGAUGACUGA